AUGCAAGUAAAAGAACCUCAAGCAUGCAAUCAGUCUUGUGCGUAUUUACGUCAAAUUUACGGAAGUAAGCCCGGAAACUGUCCAAACAGUACAGUUUCGGCUCCUUUCAAUGAAUGCUCAGCACUAUGUCAUAUGGAUGGCGACUGUGAGGAAACAAAAAAGUGUUGCAAAAUUGGUUGUAGCAGACAAUGUUUGAAGCCACGUGGAAAGGACGUUAAUCUUUUACCUAUUCCAACUGGAAUUAGUGUUCAAGAACGGAAAAGAAAACGAUCAGUAAUUGUGAGAUGGGUUAUGCAACAAAUGAGUAAAUCUCAAAUGAAUUCAAACGCUAAUCUUUACGUCGUGCAGUGGCGUUGGAGCUUGCAUAAAGAUGGUUUGCCAAUGAGUGAUUGGCAAACGAUAGUUGCUAGGAAUAAAAUGUAUGCAAUUCUAAAGCAUUUGCUCGCACCUGGAAGAUAUUACACUUUUCGAGUGGCUUCUGUAAACACAUAUGGUAGUUUAGGAUUCUCAAGAAGUAGUCAACCAUUCAAACUUUCUAAAGAGCCUCGAGCACCAGGACAACCUCGAGAUUUAUCUGUGAUUAGUUCAGAAAUGGACGAGAAAAAUUUAUGGAAACAAAGAAUCAAGUGGACUCCGCCACAUUCUGAAUUACCAAUAAAAAAUUAUGUUCUUUCAUGGCAAAGAUCAAGCACCAAGCAAGCAGUAGCAUAUGAAGAAUUGCUGAAAAGACGACAAUCAAAUGCAGAAAAGCCAGAGAAGCGCUCAACUUUAAGUGAUGAUGAUGAAGAAGGAGAAAAUGAAGAUAGUUUCAUGGAACAAGACCGAAUGUCUCUUGUAGUUCCUGCAUAUCAUUCAUACGCUGAUAUUAAUCCUCUUCAACCUUUAUCCGUUUAUCUUAUUGAAGUACGGAGUAUUUACGCAACAGUUGACUCAUCUGAUGGUGAACUACAUGGUGAAAAGGCUAUUAUUUAUGUGAGAACAAAAAGUAUCAGUGAUGUGCCGAGCAGUACAGUUAAAUACAAUGAUAGAGAUACUGGUACUACUGAUAAGACUAGCGCAGCAACAGCCAUGAUACAGUAUGCAAGGAACGAACAGAAGUCAUUCUAUCAUGAGCUUAAAAGUAAAGAAUUGAAUAAUGGUAAAAAGGAUGUUAAGCUGGCUAGUCUUGAUGUCAGAAUACCAUACUACGAUGAUGGGAAUUUGAAAACGGUAGUGAGUUGGUUCAAUAGUGAUUUAUGUUUGGCGGGAAAUACUGCAUACACUGUGAGAUGGCGUUUAUUAACGUGUCGAACAAAAAGCAGUAAACGUUUAACUUAUUAUGACUUGGACCCAUCAGGCGAGGACUGGGCUGAAAUGCAAGUUAAUGAAUGUGUAGCGGUACUAGAAGACCUUGAUUUUAUCUGUUCAUAUUACGUUCAACUUAUCAAUGGUACCAAAGAUAAACCGGUAAUUGCCAGAGGUUUUUUCGAGACUCAAAGUUGCUCAGACACACCGUCAACAAGCGCAUUAACAUGUGAGGAUCAACGAUCAUCAGAUUUGCUUUCCUGUAUUGUCAAUUCCAAAAAUAAUUCUGCUAGCUGUAGUUGGGAGGCGGAAAAAAGUGAGAAUGAACCUGUUGGUUACAGAAUUGUUCUUAGUGCCUCGACAACAAAUGACAAUCAAAUUGUGAUCAGGCCACCUCAAGUUACUACUGUUCAGUUUGACAAACUGGAAGAAAAUCGAGAUUAUUUUGUACAUAUUCAAACAAUUACAAGCAAUGGCCUUGGCAAAACGUUGAUAAGUUCGUUUCGAAUUAACGGACGCAAUUACUCAGAAAAUUCUUCAGUGGAAAGUUUCCCAAGUUCAAGUCUAAAUCGUAGUAUAUUAUUAGUAAGGAAAAGCAAUCAGCCUACAAGAAAUACGCUUCUACAAUCUUCUUCAACAAAGCAAAGCGACGGGUCACUAUACAAUAACGAAAGGUUUCCAGGUGCAGCUGUUUUAGAAUUACCUCUUGAAAGUGCUACUGCAAAUAUUAUCACUUUGACACCUUUACUUCUCAUGUCUGUAAAUGCAAUGACAGCAAGUUUGUUUGCUAACUUGUUAUGA